AUGAAUAGACCUAAACUUAAGCUUGACGAUUUCAAUAUAUCACGCACACUAGGCACUGGAUCAUUUGGUAGAGUUCAUUUGAUUCAAUCCAAAGUGAAUGGAAGAUAUUAUGCGAUGAAAGUGCUCAAGAAAACAGAAGUUAUUCGAUUAAAGCAAGUCGAACAUACAAAUAAUGAAAAACAUAUACUCGAGUCAGUGGCUCAUCCGUUUCUUGUCAACAUGUGGGGUACCUUUCAAGACUGUCAUAACCUCUAUAUGGUCAUGGAUUAUGUGCCCGGUGGUGAGCUGUUUAGUGUCCUCAGGCGAUCUCAGCGUUUUCCUGAUCAUGUGGCUAAAUUUUAUGCGGCUGAAGUUAUUUUGGCAAUUGAGUAUUUACAUAGAAAAGAUAUGAUUUAUCGAGAUUUGAAGCCAGAGAAUCUAUUGUUAGAUGCUCAAGGACAUAUUAAGAUCACAGACUUUGGUUUUGCAAAGUAUGUACCAGAUAUCACUUGGACACUAUGUGGCACGCCUGAUUAUCUAGCACCAGAGAUAAUCCAAUCAAAAGGUUAUGGUAAAGCAGUCGACUGGUGGAGUUUAGGUGUACUCGUCUAUGAAAUGUUGGCAGGUUACCCACCUUUCUUUGACGACGAUCAUUUAAAACUCUACGAAAAGAUCUUGGCCUGUAAGAUCAAAUGGCCGCAGUAUUUUGAUCCAAACGCCAAGGAUUUAUUGAAAAGAUUAUUAACACCCGACCUGACCAAACGAUUCGGUAACUUGAAGGCAGGAACAGAUGAUAUCAAACGCCAUCCAUGGUUUGCAGGAGUUGAUUUCAAUCGUAUAUUAGCACGUCAGAUCAGAGCUCCUUAUAUUCCUCAAAUUAGAGGUGAGGGUGAUGCAAGUCAUUUUGAUAAAUAUCCAGAAACUCAAGAACAAUACGGUGUGGUUGAUCAAAAUGAUCCUUAUAGACACUUGUUUCCUGAUUUUUAA